AGCUGGAGAACGGGCUUCAAUGAAAACUGCCUGUUUGCAGCUCUAUGGAGAUUGCAGGCACCACAUCACUAUUUCCUCUCCCUGACCUGGAGCAGGAACUCCAUCAUCAGGAUAGAAAGAAAGGUAGCCUUGUUGCCUAGCAAAGGUGGGAUGAUUUAUCUCUGUCUCUAGAUUGGUCCCUUUGCUGCACGAGAGAAUUGUUUUCAGACUUCCAAGGAGAAUGAAGCCAGGCUAGGAAUCGGAGUGGAUGUGCAAAAGCUGCUCUCCCCCAGAGGAGAAGGAGUCACGGGGUUUCUGUGCUUUUUGUUCCUGUGCAGGGCAGGACAAUGGUUUUAUCUGCCCCAGUUAUAGCCCUGGGGGCUACCUUAGGGACUGCAACAAGCAUCCUUGCCCUCUGUGGGCUCACCUGCUUCUGCAAAUGCAAGCAACCUGGGAAAGGACUCUCAGAAAAGGACCAAGAGGAGGAUACAGAAAAUACUAAGCCCAGUGUGCUUCAGCCAGUCCAGCAAUUCAACGUUAAGAAAACUGCAGAGCCAGUCCAGCCUCGAGCACUCCUCAAGUUUCCCAACAUUUAUGGCCCCAAACCAGUAGUAACUUCACCUGAAAUUGUUAACUACACUCAGUACUCCCUGAAGACAACAGAAGAACCAGCUGCUGGAAAACAUACUGGUUUGGAUGAGAACAGGAUGAAGAUACAAGUCAACGAAGAGCUGUUUGUUCUCCCUCAAAACGUUCCAGGUGUAGUCAAGGACGUGUGUGUCACGGAGCACCUGAACCCUGAGAGGGCAGCCAGCUGUAACCAGGCCCCUGAACUGCGCUACUCCCUUGCCUAUGAUCGACAAAAAGCCGAGCUGCGCGUGGCCCUGCUGGAAGCUAUGCAUGGCAAAAUGAGUGGGGACCAAGACACUGGCUGCCAUUGCUACGUCCUGGGCACACUGGUGAGCAAGUCUGGUAUUGCUGAGGCACAGACAGAGCUGAAGAAGAAGGUGCUUCACACCCUCUGGGAGGAGGUCCUGAGAUUCCCAUUAACGGAGGAGGAGAUGCCAGAGGGGACACUGACUCUCACCCUGAGAAACUGCGACAAGUUCUCCAGACACAGCAUUGUGGGGGAACUCAAACUGAGCCUUGCUAACAUGGAGGAGUCCUUUGGGAUGGCCCAGUGGGAAAGGCUAAAGACCCCGGAGAAGGAGCCGUCUACAGGCCAUGGGGAGGUUCUGCUCUCCAUCAGCUACCUGCCAGCUGCUAACCGCCUGCUGGUGGUGAUUAUUAAGGCUAAAAAUCUCCACUCCAAGCAGCUGAAAGAUCUACUUGGCAACGAUGUUUCUGUCAAGGUGACACUGAGGCAUCAGUCCUUGAAGCUGAAGAAGAAGCAGACCAAACGCGCGAAACACAAGAUCAACCCUGUGUGGAACGAGAUGAUCAUGUUUGAGGUACCUCACGAGCUCCUGCGUGCCUCCAGCGUGGAGCUGGAAAUGCUGAGCCAGGAUGGUGCUGGGCAGAGCCACAUGCUUGGCAAGUGCAGCCUGGGCUUGCACGUCACGGGCACGGAGAGGAACCACUGGGAAGAAAUGCUGAGGAACCCCAGGAGACAGAUAGCCAUGUGGCACCAGCUCCACAUGUAGGCUCACCACGAUUACUACCAACCAGAUUUCCAGCAGGUCUCCGAGCCUGGGGGAAUAAGCUGCAUUUCACCUUCUACCUUCCCCUCCACGCAGUUGCUUGGCACAGCAUUCUUCUCACACCACCUUCUCUGAUUUUCCUGCCUCAUCCUAGCCCAGGAAACUGUCUGGAAAAAUGUAUUUAAAGGACAAUUUCUCACCUAAUUGAGUGGUUCUUUCAAACAAGGGAUUUGGCUGCCUGGAUGAUUUGAAUUUCCCUUUUUCUGUAGAGGAGCAGAGGGGACCAAAAGUAUCACGGUAAUAUAAGCUAUUCCUUGGCAUCUGGCACUGUCACCCAAGUCCCUUGAUGACUGCUGGCUCCAUAGUCACAAACACACGGCAGUUUUCAUUAUACUUUACAAGCCUGUGAGAAAUGAAGAUCACAAAACUAACUUUCACCGCAGACCCAAAGUAUCGGUAUGAAAGAGAGAGUGAUGCCAUGGAGCAGUGGGUGGAUACCUAGAAAAGGAUGGAUACAGAACUAAGGGGGAGAGAACAGAGAGAGAAGAGAGAGUGAAACAGUCGACGCUACCAUCCUGCGUAGCCUUCGAAGCAAACACUGCCAAACAAGAAGUCAAACACCUUCCUUCCUUCACUUCUCUUUCCUGGAGUGUUUGGUUCCUUGUAUUUAGGAUUCAAGAAAACUGCUGAAAAUAGGAAUGUUUCAGGAUCCUUUAGCAGAAUACCUAUAUCUUCUUUCUACAGUGUCACCAAGGAAGACCCUAAACAUGAAUGAAAAGUUAUCAUUGAUGUUACCUCCAAAAACUUGGACCAAACCUUUCUGCUUACUGCCAUCUUUUCUGUUCGGGUUUUUUUCUGAGUGAGAAAGUUUCAAAUACUCUAAUUAUAUUCCAGGCAACGCCUAAGACUAGACAAAAGAAGUGGGAUCAUUUCAUACCUUAGCAGUUGAUGGAUGGUUCUGGUUUGACAGUUAACUGUUGCACUCAAAUCCUCAUACCAGCAUUACUCGAAGACAACCCUUCAGAACUGCCAUGUAUUUCAUCACUUCCAGACAGAAGGAAUUCACUGACCAGACAGACUCUCCAGGGCUUGUUUUUUUGUGUGCACUUUCAAGAUUUGUUGUGGCUUAAAUGUUACUGUUUACUGUCCUUUUUUUGUGUGUGUCUAGAUGGACUGAAAGUCUGGCAUUGGCAGUGAUGAUGUUAUUCCCCCCUAAGCACGCUGUUUGUCCUACCACUUUAUUUUGAGUCGUAGACACAGCUUAAAGAGACUUGCAUGGGGAAAAGGCAUCCAAAGAUCUAAAAACAGAACCAUAUAGUUUGUAGCACUGAAAAACUCAACUUCAUUUUUGCAGGGUCAGCUUGAUCCUCUGCUUAAUUCAAAAUAUCAAGCUAGGCUGUAUCUAGCACUCAUCCCAUCUUGAUGACUUAGUCAAACAAUUCUAGCAUACUCUCAAGUGAAGGCUGCCACCCUGUUGGCAAAGGGAAACCACCAGAACCAGUAUGUGAAAACUGGCUGAAGCACCAGGCACAGAGGGCUAUGGACAGGGGAGCGAAGUUCAGCUGGAAGCCAGUCACUAGCGGUGACUGGGGCUGGUGGUGGGACUGACACUGUUCAACAUCUUCAUAAAAGACCUGGAGAACGGGGCAGAGUGUAACCCUCAGGAAGUUUGCAGGUGAUACAAAGCUGGGAGUAGCAGUUGAUAUACCAGGUGGUUGUGCUACCGUCCAGAGGGAUGUGGGAAGGCUGGAGAAAUGGGCUGACAGGAAUCUCCUGAAGUGCAAAAAGUCCUGCACCUGGGGUGGGACAACCCCAUGCACCAUUGCAGGGCUCGGGGCUGACCAUCUGGAAAGCAGCUUUCCAGAAAAGGACCUGGGUCCAAGGACCUUGGGACACCGAGUUGGACAUGAGCCAGCCAUGUGCUCCUGCAGCAAAGAAGGCCAGUAGUGUCUUGGGCUGCAUUAGGAGAAGCAUUGCCAGCAGGUCAAGGAGGGGUGAUGCUCCCUCUCUACUCAGCACUGGUAGGGGUACGUUCCAGAGUGCUGUGUCUAGUCCUGGGCUCCCCAGUGUAAGGUAUGGACUUACUGGAGAGAGUGCAGCAAAUGGCCAUGAAGAUGAUUAAGGGACUGGAGCAUCUUCUUGUAGGAGAAGAGGCUGAGAGAGCUGGGACAGUUCAGCCUGGUCAAGAGAAAGGUCAAGGGGGGGACUUAUCAAUAUGUAUAAAUACCUGC